UUCCUGCAGCCGUCUGGAACGAGCCAAACCCCAGCAUGGAGUAAACUACAGUUUACACAUUCAAACGGACUACUUUGCAAUGCUGCAACCUUGAGGAAAUUUGCCUUUUUUUUUGUCUUCUUCUUGUCUUCGGUUGGAGGUUUCGUUCAUAGCUCAAGGCUUAUUGCUUUCUAGAACUAUGGAAAAGGACUUAUCAUCUGAGGAGUCACUCGCUGACCUGAAAAGACCUUCUCCUUCCCCCAUGUCUAGUAAACUCCCCACUGCUCCAUCUCGGUCAGAUUCCAGUGUGGAAACAAAGCCAACCAUCUCUGAAACAAAGACUAUCAAGUCAAAUCCCAAAUCUGUGUCCACUGAAACCUCACAGAGAGCCAUUUCCUCGAAACCAUCCAUCCCUCCAACUAUUCCUCCCAACGUGCCAACUCCUCAAACUUCCAAAAUGUCAACUUCUUCCACGUUCAGUACUGCCUCCUCCUCAUCAUCUGCCAGUAACACACAAAAAGAUCCACAUCCUUUUCCUUCUGCUUCCACGCCAGCUUCCGCUCCUCUGAAACGCACGUUUGCCUCUGUGGCCAAGCAGGUGAUAAUACAGGAACGAAUUAGAAAAGCAGAAGAAGAGAAUGUUAGUGACGAAGAAGACGAUGAAGAGGAGGAGGAAGAGCAGAGUGUGGAGCAGCUGGAGGAGAAGGCCAAGGCUGGAGAUUCUAGAGCUCAGACCCUGCUGGGCCAACACUACCUGAUUCUUGCCGAAGAAAAAGACACAGAAGUAAACAACCGCCAGGCUGUAAACUGGUUAAUUAAAGCUGCCAAGCAGGGAAGAAAGGGCGCGGCGAGACUCCUCCGACGCUGCUGGGUCAAAAAGAAAGGAAUCACUCCAGAAAAUGAAGAUGACGUGCGCACGCUGUCAACAGAGAGUAAGUUUGAACUGGCUGUUCGAAAAGCAGCCAUGAUGAUGUACUGGAGGCUUAACCCCGACAAGAAGAAGAAAGUGGCUGUUUCUGAGAUGCUGCAAAACGUCAACCAGGUCAAUGCUGUUCCAGGGGGAAAUGUAAAGAAAAUGCCUGUCCCUACUUCAGGCCAGACUCAGAAAGUGUUGGAGAGCAUGGUCAGCAAUGAUUCAAACCAAAUGGUGGACCUGGAUGAUUUUGUUGAGAUGACAAAAAAGUAUGCACAAGGCAUUGUUCCAUCUGCUCCUGAAAAAAGCCAGCCUGGUGCCAAAAGCGAAAGUCCCACACCCCUCGACCAUGGGAGAGAGAGCAAGACGGAGAUAGUCCCAACAGGAUACAAGAAGGUUCACAAAAGCUACUGGACUUUCGGAUGCAGUGGGAUGAUGCUGGAUACCAAUCAAACCGGGGCCAUUAAAAAGGCCAUGGACAUGAAAUCACGCUUGAUGCUGCUCCAGUAUCCUCUACAUGUGGUCGUUGAGAUGAAGGAGCACCUCAUCGACUGGGCAUCGCGGGCAGGCGUCCAAUGGCUGAGCACCAUCAUCCCCACACAACACGUCAAUGCUCUCAUCUUCUUCUUCAUCAUCAGCAACCUCACUGUCGACCUGUUUGCCUUCGUCAUCCCUCUGCUUGUCUUCUACCUCGCCUUUAUCUCCAUGAUCAUUUGCACUCUAAGAGUUUUCCAAAGCAGCAAGUCUUGGGAGAACUUUCGAGCUCUGACCUCUCUCCUGACUCGCUUCGAGCCCGGCCUCGACGUGGAGCAAGCAGAAACCAACUUUGGCUGGAACAACCUUGAACCGUACAUUUAUUUCAUCUUUUCUGUCUUCUUUGUCAUUUUUUCCUUCCCCGUCGCUGAUAAGAAAUGGAUCCCGUGUUCCGAACUCUCCACCGUGGCCAUCUUUUUCACCGCAGUGAGCUACAACAGCCUGAGCCCCACGGCAGCAGCAUACGCACGCCGGGCACUGUUCAUAGAGGUCUUAUCAAGUCUGUGUGGCCUGACACAGUUACUGCCAGAGAACAUGACAGCGCUUCGUUUCCUAGGACACACUUUCAGUAUACUGCCGCUCGGGGAAUCGGUGCUUCUGAAGCUCAGUAUUCCCUGCCUCCUGUAUGUUUACCUGUUCUACCUGUUUUUCAGUAUGGCAAGAACACGUGGCUUCCAUGGAACGUACUGUGUCCUGAUUCCGUACCUGGUGUGCUUCAUGUGGUGUGAAUUCUCCGUGGUUCUGCUCCAGAACUCCUCUGCGGUGGGUUUGAUCCGCACUUGUGUGGCUUACUUCCUCUUCCUGUUUGCGCUGCCCGUUCUGGCCUUCGGCCUGGCCACCAUGCUCUUCAUCCAGAUGGUCAAGUGGUUCCUGGGCCUGGAGCUGACAAAGAUGAUAGUGACUCUGGUCGUGUGUGCUCUCCCUGUGAUGCUGCGGCUCUGGACUCGGUUCAGCACGUCUAUCCUGGAUGUCUUCCGCUCCGUGACCCACCGAGGCCCCGUCAAGUUGAUCUUACUCUGCAUAUCCAUGGUGAUGCUGUUCUCCUCGAUCUAUGUGUACCACGCAGAGGGGCAGAAGGUGUACAACUCCACCCUGACUUGGAGCCAGUACAGUCAGGUUUGUGGGCCCCCAGCGUGGGAAACCAAAGGCAUGGCCCAAACACAAAUCUUCUGCAGUCAUCUGUAUGGCCACAGAGUGACUUGGACCGGACGUUUCAGACAUGUUCGAGUGGCUGAGACAGAAAACGGAGCGCAGUCUGUCAUCAACAUGCUGCCUGUGUUCAUGGGAGACUGGCUGCGCUGCUUGUAUGGUGAAACGUAUCCCAAAUGUGAGCCGAGAAGUCCUGUGGUGACAAAUCGAACUUCUUCUGCUGCUGUGGGGGAUGCAAAUUCAACAUCCGAAGCAGUUCCUCUGCACACACUGCUCCAAAUGCAGGAGGAGGAAGAGUUGUGCCAAAUAAAGGCUCUAGCCAAACACACCUGCCACGUCAAGCGCUUCGACAAAUACAGAUUCGAGGUGACGCUGGGGAUGAUCCGGGAGGGAAGCGCACAGGCCGACGACGCGGCCAGGGAUAUCAUUCUGAUGGCCAGUCAUGAGUUCCGACAAGUUCUGCUGAAUCUGAAGCCCGGUAAUGUGGUGGAGUUCAGCACUAAACUGGAGGGCCGUCUGGGAGCGAGAGCUCCAGCCUUUGAGUUGAAGGCUAUUCACUGUCUGGACUGUGUUUCUUCAGGGCUGAAUGGGGGCAGGCAAGUGAAGAUAGAAAGGAACUGGAGGCGCACCACCAUGAAAGCCCUCAAAUUUGCUUUUGACUUUUUCUUUUCACCAUUCCUUUCUGCAAAUAUAUCUGCUUAGACAAAAAGAAAUGAAAGAC